CGCCACUAACGGUCAUGGGCAAAGCGGCCCAAACCUCCACUCCGCUCCACUGGCGGACAACCACUACGGCAAGGUACCUCAGCUCGCUCAGACUCCUAAUAGCGACGCUACAGCAGGUCACCAGUGAUACUAAUCACUAAUUAGGUACCUACCCCAGGCCUGACGUGUUAGCACGUUACUGCGCACGCUACCACCUCUCCCUAUCAACAACAAACCCACUCCUCAUCGUUCCCCGUCCUCGACUCUAUCCGGCAUCGCAGGCGGCACGACGCUUCACGAUGCCUUCUCCCCAAUCCAUCGCCCACACCUCGUGAACCAUCCAACGAUUGCCACGGCCCCAGACAUCGCCUCCGGCUCGUCCAUCUGCCUGCCUCCCUACCGCAGGCAAUCAGCCCGACAUCUCAUAUUCUCUAAUUCCCAGCUCCCCACCUCGCCGCCGAAGAUCCGAACCAACCCCGUCCAACAGGGCCAUGGCCGUCGGGCUCGUGCCGUCAACACCGCCCUCGCCGAGCUUCGCCAACGCCCACGUCAACGCCAGCUCUAUUGCCAUCUCCAGCUCGUGGUACAAUCUCUCCGCCUGGUCCGUCAACGUGACCCGCUAUGCGCCGCUUCUCGAAGACCUUGUCUGGGCCGGCCCCCGAAUCGUCAAGAAGCUAGGCUCCUACAUCGCCCUGCCCGAUACUCUCGACUCCCCCGUCAACCACUACGCCCCCGAGGCUACGGAAGCCGCUGCCCUCCUACUCGAUCCUGCCCCCGGCUUGCAGAAUAUCAUGGAACCCCUCAUCGCCUCAACUGGCGGUAACAGCGGCGGCCUCGACGAUCUGGCUGCCGACGUCGCCGAGCGCAUUGCCCCCACAUCACGCCUGUCUGUAGACGGUGCCCGCGGCCUGGGCAGCGUCUUUGGCUAUGCCACAAGCAAAUGGGCUCUAUGCUGCAUUGCCAUGGCUGUCAUCCUCAACCGGACUCACAUCUUCGCUGCUACCCGAAGACGCCUCCGUCUUCGAUGGCCUACCCGGCUUCUUCUCCGAUUCAUCCCUCUCAUCAUGCUCGUCUGGCAAGCUCGUCAGCUCCUUCAGUCCAUUCAGUGCCAGACUUCGUCAGACUUUGCCGAACUACGUUGGGGGAAUGCUAGCAAGAGCUCGGAUCUCAUGUUCUCGCAGACCAGCGUCUUCCUGAACACUCUCAGCUCCACUCUCCUGUUUUCCUCCACCGACGAGCAAUCUUGUCUUGCUGUUCACAUGAUACCUCCCGAAGAGACCGGCUCUGCCCGUGACCUAUCGGGCUCGUUAUCCCUCCUCUGGCCCCUUUUCGGGACUUUCUGCCUGAGCCAGUUUUUCGAGACUGUCUCUUGUGCAGUCCAGGGUCGGCCUGUUGCCCCCGAGACUGGCAUGACACUGUUUGAACAGUCCCUCGCAUUUGCCGAAGCCGACGCUGCCAUUAGUAACCAGCUGGGUUGGGGUCUGUUCUCGAAGACCCGGCCUGCCGACGAAGGAUCAUCAGCUCUUGGGAGCGCCAUCGCCUUGAGCCGGUCCAUGAUCAUGAAGCGAGUCAACACACCCCCAGAGGUUCUUCUGGUGGCCUUUCUUUCAGCCAUGACCCACAUAACCAGUCACAUCAUGGGCAUCCUCGACCUGCAAGCCAAGUAUCGACUUGUUAGCACUGGGUUUUGGGGACUCUGCUUCAUGGGUAGCAUCGUGUGGAGCGCCAUUUCUUUUGAUCUCGACGAUCCCUCCUCGCAAGGACUCCUGAGGUUCCCGACAGUCUGCAUUGUUGGCUUUGUGCCACAUGUUCUCGUCCUUAUUGGUAUCGCUAUGUGUCUGUCUAUUUACGGCCUGGCUUUACUCCUCUCUGCUCUGGCCCCUCCGGCAAACCAAGAUUCGGCGUCCCUGACCUUCCGUCAACGACUCGCCAUUGCCCAUGAAAAUAUGCAGGCCAAUGUAUCACUGUCGGAGAUCCGCAUCACUAGGGAGAUGGAUUUCUAUACGGCACUGCUCCGAACUGGCUUCGGCGCUAUCACCAUGGCAAGCGAGGCUGUCUACCUCAACGAAGAUCGAGGUGUGGGCCUGAAACGGCGCACUUGGCUCGAGGAGGAGCGAUUCAGAGAGGUUGAGGAGUUGCAAAGAAAGUUCCUCGGAAGUGGCUUACCAGACUCACGGUAUGACCAAGUUGGUGCUAUUGGCUUGAUCCCAGUGAAAGGGGGCCCGGCCAUUGCAUCUAAUGGGUACGCACGAGAACGUGCAGCACAGAAGAUUCCCAAGGGACGUAGCGAACGAGGCCUCCGCGUGGGUAUUGGGGCUUCCGAGAGGAGUUCACGGUGGCUCAUGGCAUUGGAGUUCCUACUGAGUAUCAACAAGCUCCUGGCCAGAUUGGGUGCUAAAUCCCUACUAUGGUGUCUUGGUGCCAUGCGCAUUCGAUACCAGCCAGCCUGGCUUCUCUGGCUUGCCCGGCACCCUAAGAGUAUGAAGAACCAGAAGAAGACCUCGACUCGGAGAGAGAGGCGAGACCAGAGUGGCCCACAGUUUGCAUAUAAUGACAACGGCCGAAUUCCGAGAACGGAUGGCACAGAUGUAGAGGCCGAGUUCAGACGAGUUGGUCGGAACCAGGACGAAGCAGAGCUAGAAAAAGACUUGUACUCAUACUGGUUGAAGGGAGGUUGGUGGGGUUCGACUGACACCAGCGGCGACUUUGAGCCCCAUCCAGAUGAUGAUGAUUUCGAUACGACAAGCGUUAUCUCUAUGUCGACGACGGCCGGUGAUACUGACGAGGAGGAUGGAUGGGAGUCGGAUGAUGACGAUGGGCAAAGAACCCCGACGCAGCGGUCACCACGAACGACUCGCGACAAUACACCAUUCGUCGAUAGCCCGAUGCAGAUAUCGGAUCUUGCUCGGCUGCUGCAUCCCACCAGCCCAGAAGAACGCGAAGAGGCCAGGACGCUCUCCGCCCAUCUCCAGAAUGACGGUAUUAUGACGCGGUCUAGGUUCCGACGGAUGGAGCAGCUACAGCGCACUCAGAUUCUGACGACGCCUGGGUCCGACCUGCUCCAGCCAGGGCGUCCCUCGGCGCUGCAGAGUCGCACCACCAAGUUGAGCCCGGACGAGGAAGAGCGGCUCUUGGAGCAGCUGCUCCUCUCGCAGCGGCGAGCAGUGCCUCCAGAUUCGGGGAACUCGACAUCGUGGGAGGACGGCGGCUCUGGAUUCGGGAGCGACGGGCCCCAGUGUGUUGUGUGCCAGAGUUCGCCGCGGACCAUCAUUGUCUGGCCUUGCCGCUGUCUCAGUCUUUGCGAUGACUGCCGCGUGUCCUUGGCCAUGAACAACUUUGACAAAUGCGUCUGUUGCCGCCGAGAGGUCAUCAGCUUCAGCCGCAUUUUCGUGCCCUAGCUAAUACGCAGCCAGCUAGGGAGUACUGCAUUUGGGGACGCUGGGGGUACGCUUGGGACGGGUAGUGAAACGAUAUCGGAACGAUGCAAUGGGGCCGUUUUUAAUUUAUUAUUUUCCAUUUCUUCACUUAAGGAGUUUGGUGGCACAUGUCCCCAUGAGAACUAGGAUGGCGAAGUGUUGAUGAUGGUCUGUCAUGACGCGCAAACACAUUGUUGAUAGUAGCAUUAAUCGGGGUUUUACAUAGCAGCCCAUUCCAGACUGAA